AUGCCAACAAGAGAUGAUACACCCCGCCUCGACGCAACUGGCAAGCAGAACGACUGGCAUUACCCCAACGAUGCAAACGGGUUUAUUACCUGCUUGCGCGCUGCCCUGGCGCUCUUUUCUGAUUCGACCUGUCUGGCGGUCAUUUCUUGGAUGACAGGCCCAAAAGUGUUCCUGGUGACCGAGCCGAUAAAACUACACGACCACCCAGCUUCGCCACCCGGCCGUCUCAUGAGGCUAACAGUGAUUUGGAUUGCUAAGGCAGCGAGCUCUGCACACCGACUUUUCGCCCAAAUCAAUCUUGAAGAAAGGGACAUCUACCUCGCCAUGUCAAAAGAAUCGUUCGGCUUGGCCUGCGGCGUUAUGCAGGUCCUUAGCUUUUCGCAUGAGUUUUUCAAUUUGUACGACAGUCUCUCAACCGCCACCGCGCGCUGGCCCAGCGUGAAACCGGAAAUAUCUCCAAGGCAUUGGCGAGAAUAG